GGAAGUAAACAUUCAACAUGUCGGCUCUGCGACAAACACCGCUGACUUGCAGUGGACAUACUCGACCAGUUGUUUAUUUGAAUUUUAGUGACAUAACUCCGUAUGGAUAUUUCAGCAUAAGCGCUUGCAAAGAUGGAAAGCCAAUGUUGCGGCAGGGUGACACAGGGGACUGGAUUGGUACCUUCGAGGGUCACAAGGGAGCCGUGUGGGGAGCCACGCUGAACCGAGAUGCCACCAGGGCUGCAACCGGUGCUGCAGAUUUUACUGCCAAACUCUGGGAUGCAGAGAAGGGCGAGGAGAUGCACACCUUCGCCCACAAGCACAUUGUGAAGUGUGUGGAUUUCUCCGCUGAUAGCAACUUCCUCCUCACCGGAACCCAGGAAAAAAACCUCCGCAUAUUUGAUCUGUCAAAGCCAGAAGCAGAGCCACGCGUAUUAAGUGGGCACACUGCCAACGUCCGAUCAGCCUUGUUCACAAAGGGAGAUAAAUCUAUCAUCAGCAUAUCAGAUGAUAAAACUGUCAGACUCUGGGAUGUUAGCAGUGGUACCGAGGUGAGGAAGAUUGAUCUGCCAGCACAGCCAUCUAGCCUGGAGUUGGCCCGUGAUGGAAGUGUCUUCCUGGUCACAUAUGGCCAUAAAACAUGCUUUUGGAAUUCUGAUACUUUUGAUAGCGAGAGGGAGUAUGAAUCUCUAGCUCCUGUAAACUCAUCGUCUCUCCAUCCUUCAAAGAACAUCUUUGUUUCUGGAGGCGAGGACUUCAAAAUGUACAAGUACGACUACGAAACUGGAGAAGAACUUGAAUCGUUCAAGGGACAUUUUGGUCCAGUACACUGUGUGAGGUUUUCUCCUGAUGGGGAGUUAUAUGCCAGCGGCAGUGAAGACGGAACUCUACGUUUGUGGCAGACAACUGUCGGCAAAACAUACGGCUUGUGGAAAUGCAUCUCUCCAGAAGACAACCUCUCAAACUCAGAUUCCAACAUUCCUCUGAAGGCGGAGGCAUAACAUUUGCUCUCCGUAGUGCUCAAACAUCUUGCUUCAUUUUCACAGCUAAGGCUAUUUAGCAAUUGUUUUGCUUUGAACUUCAACAGAACUAAAACAUGUCGGCUGCCUGUCAAUCAUGUCCGAUGGAAUGAUAAUGAAGACGAUUGGUUUUAGGGGGAAUGCAAGCCACAACAAAUACAUGCAGCACAAAUACUAAUUAUCCUCAACUGUUGUCGUUAUGUAAAUUUCGGGUUAAGUUCAGACUAGUUUCUGUUCUUGCUUGACCAAGGGACCCUACUGAGAGUGUUGACAAAGAAUGUUGACAAAGAAUGUUGACAAAGAAUGUGCCAGUAAUCAAUGUAUUGACUGUAGGACCAUUUUUCUGUUGUGUUUUUGUUGUUUUAUUUCCCCGAAUUCAACUGGCAUGACAUGAAAAUGAUUCAAGAUCAACAUGUUUUAAGUGUCCUAAAUAUGAUGUAUUGGCAAGAAGCAAAAUAAAUAAAGUCUUGUCUAAA